AUGGCGGCCGCGGCAGUGGCGCGGAGAUGCGAGCGUGCCUGSCGCCGAGUGUGGCGGUGCAGUGACGGAGUGGCACCUGUCUUUGCUCGGACCGCUGCUUGUCAUGCGGAAGGCGAGGCGGUGCCGGCGGGGCAGAGCGGUCUUGUUUCCUGGGUGCCAGUUGUGGGUCUGGAAAUUCAUGCGCAAAUUAGUUCCAACUCAAAACUUUUCUCUGGUUCCCAAGUCCAGUUUGCAGCACCUCCUAACUCCUUGGUAUCUUUCUUUGAUGCUUCUUUACCAGGAACCUUACCAGUUCUCAACAGGAGAUGUGUAGAAGCGGCAGUGAUGACAGGCCUGGCACUCAACUGCAGCAUAAACAAGAAGUCUUUGUUUGACAGAAAACACUAUUUCUAUGCAGAUCUUCCUGCUGGCUAUCAAAUCACUCAGCAAAGAGUUCCUAUUGCAGUGAAUGGGAGUCUUUCAUACAGUUUCUGCAUAGACAAUAAAAUGAGCCAGAUGGUGACGAAAACUGUGAGGAUUAAGCAAAUCCAGUUGGAACAAGACAGUGGGAAGAGUCUCCAUGAUGAUGCAAGGASCCAGACCCUUGUUGACCUGAAUAGGGCUGGAGUCGGCCUCAUGGAGGUUGUCAUGGAGCCUGAUAUGUGCUGUGGGGAAGAAGCAGCUGCAGCAGUCAGAGAGCUUCAGCUUAUUCUUCAGACACUUGGGAGCAGCCAGGCAAUCAUGGCAGAGGGUCAGCUGAGAGUGGAUGCCAAUGUUUCUGUGCAUCACCCCGGCGAGCCUUACGGAGUGAGGACCGAAGUGAAGAAUAUCAAUAGCAUACGAUUCCUGGCCAAAGCAGUAGACUAUGAAAUCCAGAGGCAAAUUGAAGAACUUGAAAAUGGAGGAACAAUUCUGAAUGAAACAAGAGCCUUUGAUUCCAAACUUGGGUGCACUAUAUCAAUGAGAGAUAAAGAAGGAAAACAGGAUUAUAGGUUCAUGCCAGAGCCAAACCUUCCUCCAUUGAUUCUGUAUGAUGCUAAAUCUUUGCCAGCUAAUAUGAACCAUCAGCAAGUGGUAAAUAUCGAUUGGAUUCGAGAGAGGCUUCCUGACCUCCCCAGUGUGAAGAGAGCGAAGCUUGUUGAACUGUAUGGGAUUCUUCCUGAACACAGCUUCGCCUUAUUGAAUGAAGAUGGAUUAGCAGAAUACUUUGAAAACGUGCUAAAACACACACAGAUGAAGCCAAAGAAGGUGAUCGGCUGGAUUCUGAAUGACCUGCUCAGUUGUUUAAAAGAACAUGCCUGUGAAGUGAAGGACAGCCCAGUCAGUUCUUUUCUCCUGGCUGACCUUCUGAACCUCCUAGAAAGAAAAGAAAUUUCUUCUUCAGCAGCCAAACAAGUGUUUGAGGAGCUGUGGAAGGGGGAAGGGAAGACCCCCCUCGAAAUUGUUAAAGAAAAGCAACUAGAGCUGCUGCAGGACCAAGAGGAGCUUGAACAGAUCUGCCAGGCGGUGAUUGAUAGACAAGAAGAUGAGGUUAUGGCAAUAAAAGCAGGAAAUCAGAAAGUCCUCAAUAAGUUAAUUGGACUGGUUCAAAGAGCAACGCGAGGCCGAUCCAACCCGGUUCUGGUGAAGCAAAUCCUGGAGAAGAAGCUACAGUCAGAAUAACUUCAUGGAGUAACUGCCUACAGACAGUACCAGUCAGCUUCCCUCGUUCCGGUCCCAUUCUCUUCGCUGCAAAUGAACUAGGACUUGGCAUGAAACAGGAUUAUUUUCUCCACAUUGGAUAUACUUCAAAGAGGAGUUUUAAGUUUACAUUAAGUUCUAGCCUUCGCUGGAUGCAUCAGCCAAAGGCAGGACAAAAAAUGAAGAAGGGUUUGGAGCAAGAUAGCGGCUGCUAUGGCCGGGCUUUUCUGUCCCCUCGAUGGUGGGUGCCCAGAAACGCGGCCCCCGGCGACAGCUUCCUGGCGAGCCUGUGAGUGGGCUCAGAGCUUACGUGGUGCUGGUGAGUGGUGUCACCAAGCAAGGGCCAGCCCAGCCUCUCCAGCUUCCUGCAAGGGAAAGCCACACAUCUUCACUCGAGGGAUGGUGAAACCUAGUGCUGUUCACUAACACCUCGCUAAUAAAUGAGUAUGCUGAGUAAAGGAGUAAAGAAGGCCCAGCUGUAAUUAAAAAUGGUUGCAUGUGCAGAAGGGAAAAAGGACAGAGUCCUCCACUGUCUCCUGCUUUCUCGCAAAGACGGGAAAAGGACAAGGUCAGGGGCUGCUUAAAUAUGUUCCUGAGAUUAAUGCCACAAGGUGCAAGUGCCCAUCCAAGGCUUAGGUUGACCAAGACUUCGAUGGCCUUUGGAUAGACACGUUUCGGAGAUUUAUGUUCAGCUCCACAGCAGCCCCAGCUCAGAGGGCAGGGGCCCCAGCUCUCUCAAGGACACUGCUGUACAAAUGGGUUUCAGAGUUGGAGGUUAGAUUCCAGUUCAGAAAACAGGCAAGGAAACCCUGCAGUUUUCAAAUACAUUUAAUGAGUAAAAGGUAUACCCAUAAUAACAUAAAAAUAACUUACAAUUAAAAAGUUUUACAGCUGACAAAAAGCAGUAACAUGGUGAAAUUUCUCCACUGUUUGAAUCAAAAACUUUGACCAUUAAAAAAAAAAGUUUCAUUUAAUCUGACAUCCAUACAAAGGCUUUUUCUAUCACUUGUCAUGUCAUGAGCAAACAUGUCAUGAGCAAAAAGUAACAUUGUCUUUCACCCAGUGCUACCCAUUUUGUUCCAUUAGGUACAUUUUCAGUCAAUAGAAGCUUUAGAGUGCUCAGUGAACAUUAAGUUUCAGACCUGGAAUUCUGUUCAAUACUUGCCGUGGCAAAAAGAAAACCAAAAGGCACAAGGACUCCUGCGUGAAGCCUCAAAUCCUAUUUGGACAGCACUCCUGUAACAUCGUUCCCCAAGGUGCUCCUCCAAGGUUAGUGC